UGCUUGUGAUUUUAGGUUUUUUUUUGGAAAAUAGGAAAAAUUAAUGUGUAGCGAAUUAUGUAGGCCAAACACGGGGGAAAUUCAAGUCUGCAUUACUCAAGCCUUUUGAAAUAUGAAAUUCUCAUUAGUUGUAACGUUUUAUCUCUGAAAUGUUGAGAUAACACUUCCACUAUAAAAUACUGUUUCCAGCAUGUUCAAAAACCGAGGCGAUAGUAAUAUUGUUUACAAAUGUACUGUAAGAUUACUAGAAGACACAGAAAUAUUAGAAUGUGAAUUUCAUCCAAGCUAUAAAGGUAAAUACUUGUUAGAUCAUGUAUGUCAACAAUUGAAUCUCACGGAGACAGACUAUUUUGGUUUACGCUAUGUAGAUGCAGGUGGUCAGCGGCACUGGCUACACUUAGCUAAGUUAAUAUUGAAGCAAGUAAAAGAUGCCUCCCCAAUUUUGUUCAGUUUCCGAGUAAAGUUUUAUCCGCCUAAUCCCCUGUUGCUGAAGGAGGAUGUCACAAGGUUUCAAAUAUAUUUACAACUCAAAAGAGAUCUGUUGCAUGGAAGGUUGUAUUGUACAUCCAAUGAAGCGGCGAUGCUGGGAGCACUUAUUAUUCAAAUUGAACUGGGUGACUACGACCCCAAUAUCCACGUGGGUAACUACGUCACGGAGAUGAGGUUGCUGCUGAAACAGACUGAUACUAUUGAAGCUAGAAUACAGGAGUUGCACCGCGAGGGUCUGGAGGGGAGCGGGGGCGCGGCGAGCGGCGUGAAGGGCAUGACGACGCAGGAGGCCGAGCGCAUGUUCCUCAAGAUCGCCUGCCAGCUGGACACCUACGGCGUCGACCCGCAUCCCGUCAAGGAUCACCGCGGCAACCAGCUGUACAUGGGCGUGAACCACAGCGGCAUUCUGACGUUCCAGGGCAGCCGCAAGACGCACCACUUCCGCUGGCCCGAGGUGCACAAGAUCAACUUUGAGGGACGCAUGUUCAUCGUGCACUUGAACUAUCCCGAGAAGAAGCACACGAUAGGGUUCAAGUGUCCGAGCGGCGCGGCGUGUCGACAUGUCUGGUGCUGCGCCAUCGAGCAGAUGUUGUUCUUCACGCUGGCGUCGUCGUCGGAGGCGUGCGUGUACAGCGGCGGCGGUCUGUUCUCGUGGGGCACCAAGUUCAAGUACGUGGGGCGGACGGAGCGCGAGAUACUCGAGCGGGACGGCCUGCUCGCGCCCCGGGACUCUCAGGAGGAGGGGUCCAGUUCUGGCGGCAAGCGGAAAGCGUCCAGCGUCCCCGCAACGCCCUCUACGCCUAUGACCGGAGACUUUGGUUACAGCAGCCUGCCGCGGUCGACGCACAGCGCGCCGCUGGAGGAGAGCGCGGACGACUGCGACUGCCUGCUCGCUCCGCCCCCCGCGCCCGCCGACCCCCGCGCGCUCGCCUGCGCCCCGCACGCCCCGCACGCGCCGCACGACGACAAGCCCCCAGGGCCGUGCGAGUUCGGGUCGCGCGAGUACGAGCAGUCGUCGACGGGCUCGGCGGAGGAGUGGCGGCCGGCGUUGCAGCCCCCGCCCCGCCCCUUCUCGCUGCUCCGCGCCUUCGUGCCGUCCUUCUUGCUCGUGUGCUUCUGUCUCGCUCUAACGGCACUAGUUGUGUUCGAGACGGACUGGCCGCCGCUACGUGCGCUCAAACACAAACCGGAGUUGAUGUCCCUUCGUCACCACUACUACGUCCCGCUCAAGGAGUACCUCAAGCGGAAGGUCAUCGAACUCUUCUGAUUCCCCCCCAGUUAGGGCCGAUAUGGAUGGCAGCGAAGCAGAGGUAACAUACGAUAUUAACCUUUAUUUUCAUGACUGUAAUACAAUAUGGUAUUGCUUGUAUUAAUAAUAAAGUUAAAAAAUAUAUGCAAGUUCGCGGCUCCGCUGCUGUCUCGGUCACUAAUAGGCCGCGUUCACACCUAACGAAUUUGUUCUAAUCUAUACUUAACUGUAAAGUAUUAAUAAAAGUAGAGUACCUACUAUUAGCGGGUACUGAGUUUUUCUACUGGUGUAUAUACGAUGUAUGUGAUACAAAUUUUUGAAUUCUGCAUAAAAUUAAACAUGUAAAUAUAUUAACCAUUUUUACGCCGCUGGAAAGCUUUUACAUAGUCAUGUCGCGCAACUUCAGUCGCUAGGUGUGAAGCGAGCCUAAGCCUUUGCGAAAACGACUCGAACCUUUAUUCGAAGCGAACUUUAGUACGGCUAGAGUCAAUUCUAAGGUGUCAAAUAUUUUGGACACAUUUUAACAAUUUCUAUGAUUGCAUUUAUAAGGUUUAGUUGUAGAAUUAAGAAACAAUAACGCACCUAGACGCUUUUAUAGACGCGUCCCAUUACGCUAAUAUUUUUACAUUUAUUUUAUAGACUUAUUUAUUUAAAUUAUUUUUUAUCACAUUUUAUUUUUGACAUUUUAAAUGUAUUAUUUACACUGCUAAGCGCACAGUUAGUCUCAGAUGCAUUUACUGGAGACAGAAUCUCUACAGAUAGCUUUAAUAUUGCAAUUGUAAAUACUUUUGUACGACAAAAAGGCUCUUGCUACACGGAGCGAGUAACAUUUGGAAAUAUCGAACACUUUUUGGUAGCCGUUUCAUUUCAUAUUUUAUUUAUUGCGAGA